AUGGCGAACUUCACACAAGUCUCAGAGUUUGUCCUACUGGGAUUCAGAGGGGGCCCAGGAAUGCAGACUUUGCUCUUUCUUGUAUUUUUGACCCUUUAUGUCAUCGCCGUGGUGGGGAACUGCGGCAUGAUUGUGCUCAUCAGGGCAGACCCACACCUCCACACCCCGAUGUAUGCCUUCCUCCAGAGCCUGUCCUUGCUGGACAUCUGCUACUCUUCCACGAUCGCCCCCAGGGCUCUGGUGGACUUCUGGGCCCGGCAGCACACGGUGUCCUUUGGGGGGUGUGCAGCUCAGUUCUUUUUCCUGUCCCUCUUUGGCACCACUGAGGCCUUCCUGCUGGCUGCCAUGGCCUAUGACCGCUUCAUUGCCAUCUGCAGCCCCCUGCUCUAUCCCGUGAGCAUGUCCCAGCAGCUGUGUGGACAGCUCGUGUUGGGGUCCUACUCCUGGGGCGCCCUGAAUGCUGUCACUCAGACCACCAUGACCUUUACGUUGUCCUUCUGUGGGCCCAAUGAGGUCAAUGACUUCUUCUGUGACGUGGUCCCCCUCUUGUCCCUGUCCUGCUCGGACACCUUCAUAAACCAGCUGGUUCUGCUUGGCUUCUGUGGCUCCAUCAUCGUUGGCACCUUCCUGGUCGUUUUGGUCUCCUACGUCUACAUCAUCUCUACAAUCCUGAAGAUCCGCACGGCGCAAGGACGCCACAAAGCUUUCUCCACCUGCGCCUCCCACCUCACCGGGGUCUGCCUGUUUUUCGGUACCGUUUUCUUCAUGUACGCACAGCCCAGCGCCGUGUCCUCCAUGGAGCAGAGCAAGGUCAUGUCCAUCUUCUACACCAUCGUCAUCCCCAUGCUGAACCCCGUGAUCUACAGCCUGAGGAACAGGGACGUGCAGCAAGCGCUGAGCAGGGCCACGUGCAGGCUCUCCUCAUGGUGA